AUGAAGUCCUCAACUGGUCUCAUUGUCCUUCAUACUUUCCUUGUCCUCUGUGCCUUGAUGCCUACCAUCGCAGGCAUUGAAGACAAAUGCCCAAUUUCACCUGAAGGCAAAUAUGAAACAUGUGCAGCCUUCUGCCAUUCAGAUGAUGACUGCCCUGGGAUCCGGAAGUGCUGUGAAUAUCGAUGUGGACAUUUCUGCAUGUUUCCUGUUGAAAGGGGAUCCAGCAACCGGGGGCCCACUGCGGCCACCCGCAGGAGACCCCGGGAAGGCAGCCAGGCGCGGGUCCCAGUCUCUGACCUGGGAGACAUAGUUUUCCAAAGGACAGACAAGGACACUGCCCCACCAUUGCAACCUGGAAAUCCUCCUUGGACUCUUUUUGCCCUCUCCUAUUGA